AUGGAGAAGGUUCAGAGAUGGAGAGCAACCCUUAAACAGGAGAUUGAUUGGCUUCUAACUUCUGAAUCCAAGUCCAAUGGCUUCUCGAUGAUCGUCAUAUCUAGGAUAUGCGGAAUUGUUGGCUUGGCUGCAAAAAGGGUUCUUCUAGUUCUUGAUGAUGUUGAUCAGAGGGAACAAUUAGAAACAUUAGCCAGAGAGCAGGACUGGAUUGGAGAAGGAAGUAGAAUUAUUAUAACUUGUAGAGCUGAAAGUUUUGAGCAUGGAGUGGGAAGUGUUUACAGGCUUAAGGAAUUGAAUAUGAAUGAUGCAGUUAAGCUUUUCAGCUGGUAUGCAUUUAAGAAGCACUGUCUUGGAGGAGGUUAUGAAGUCCUUGCAUACACACCAGUUAACAAUGCUAAAGGCAUUCCUUUAGCUCCUAAAUUUCUGGGUUCUAAACUUCAUGGUCGAAGCAUUUCUCAAUGGAGAAGUGAAUUAAAUUAA